AGUAGUGUGAGGCUUUGGUGUGCGUAAGAGGACUGACUGAUAAGAAUAAUCUCUGCGCCUCGUAAAAUACGAGCACUGAUCGCUCACAUUAGCCGCGCCUCAAAGACACGCUCUGAUCGAUAAGCAAUGCGGCGCCUCAUCUACGCAGCACUGUGCGCCGCCGCGGCACAUGGCAUCACAAUAGCGCCAGGGUGGGAGCAGCGCCUCACAAAUGAGCUUCAUAAAAUAGCACGCAACGAGUCGCAAAAGUACAACUGCUCGGUCAGCAUCGCCUUCCGCAGCGCUCGCGGCAAAGCCGCCGCGGCCUUCGGCGCCGUCGACCCGACCGGCGCGCCCGCGACGACGAGCGACGUCUUCGUCUGGGGCAGCGUCACGAAGGUCGUGACCGGCGCCUCUAUACUCAGACUCGUGGCCGACGGCCACCUCGCGCUGGACGACGCCGCGGCGCCCUACGUGGACCGCUUCCUCGCGAGGCUGGGCGUGGCGUGGACGCUCGGCGACCUCUGGGGCGCCCGGAACGUCUCCAGUACCAGCAUCAGGGACCUGCUGGGCAUGACAUCGUCGGUGCCCGACUUCGAUACGGCGAAUCCCUGCUUUCCGCAGCCCUGUAAGCUGACGGACCCGAUGCGGCAGUUACUGUAUAGCACGAAGCAGCCCUACGGACCCCUCGAUUUACUAAGCUUGCCCUGGGUCAACGCCUCGUGGCGCCCGCCGUGCAAGGCCUUUUCGCCCGCGUUGGAGCCGUUCUGCUACUCGUCGACGGGCUUCAUGCUCCUGGGCAUGGUCCUCGGUGUGUUCCAGAACGCCACGUCCAUCGCGGCGGUGGACCAGGGUGUUUACCUGCCGCCUUCCAUCAAAAGUCGCGCGGGUUUCGUCUCAAAUGGAAAGCCGCCCGCGUCCUACACGCGCGUCCACGGAAUAGAUAGGACGUCGUACGACGCGCCGCCGGGCCAGACGAACCAUGAAGAUGUGUUCGAAAUCCCGGGCGUCUUCGCGGGCUGGAGCGCGUCGGACUUUGUGGGCGACGCCCAGGCCGCCGCCGACGUGGCGUUCGCUAUCUACGGUUCGAAACGAGUGACGCCGAACGCCGACCUCAUGAUCCCUGGGAACGGGACGAAGAAGAAGGCGAUCUACGGGCUGGCGACCUUCGACCUCGCCUCGAGUACGGGCCAGAAGGGCGACUGGGGCGUCGCCUACGGCCACAUGGGCGCGACCUACGGCUACCAGUCGCUGAUCGCCUACUUCCCGAAGUUAGAAGCUGCCAUCGCCGUCGGCACUUCCCUCGAGACGGACACGCAGCAGCACCCGUCUGACACGUUGUGUUUCGCCUACAACAAGGCCGUCGACGUCGUCUACGGCGUCGCGCACGCGUGCUCGUUCGCGGCGGGGUCGUACUACGGCGGGGCUUGCGUGUGCGAGCCGAUUCCCGUCUCGUAAUCGGCGGCGGCGGGUGACAUUCCCCCGCUACCCAUCGUAAGCAAUUGUGUAUCGUG